GGGUGGGCCAUGGAGGCUCCAAGGCCCUUUGCGCGGGAAUGGUGUGCCCAAUCACUUCCCCGGAUGCGAGGAGGCGUUUUGAGGCUGUGGCUACUACUGCUGGAUUUCGGUUUGAACGCGACACUUCCUCAUGAAGAGGAUGUACACUUUAUCAAUGAGUACGUGAACCUCCACAAUGAGCUCCGGGGCAACGUCCUCCCCCGAGGGUCUAACUUGCGCUUCAUGACUUGGGAUGUAGCUUUGUCACGGACUGCUAGAGCAUGGGGGAAAAAAUGUGUCCUUGAAAAUAAUAAUCAUUUAGAAGAACUAAACAUGGCCCAUCCUGUAUUUAAUGGUAUUGGUGAAAAUAUGUGGGUUGGACCUGAAAAUGAAUUCACUGCAAGUAUUGCUAUCAGAAGUUGGUAUGAAGAGAGGAAAAUGUACAAUUUUGAAAAUGACAGUUGCUCUAGUGACUGUUCUAAUUAUAAACAGCUUGUUUGGGACACAUCUUACAAAGUUGGUUGUGCUGCUACUUCAUGUACAAGAGUUGGACGUAUUAGAUAUGCAGUAAUUUUCAUAUGCAACUAUGCACCAGGAGGAUCUCUGUCGAGAAGGCCUUAUAGACCAGGAAUAAUUUGUGCUCAAUGUAGCAGAUAUGACAGAUGCACAGAUUUUCUAUGCAGUAAUGCAGAUCGUGACCAAUCCGUAUAUUACCGAUUUUGGUAUCCCAGAUGGGAAGUUCCUCGGCCAAUUGUGUGUGAUCCACUGUGCUUAUUUAUUUUCUUUCUGAGAAUGUUGUGUUUUUCAAUAUGUAUCAUAGUUGUUUUGAUAAUACAGUCUCGGUUUCCAAAUAUAUUAUUGGAAGAAGAAAUGAUGCUUGCCUCUGAUCUAACUGAGGUAGAGCCAGAACAGUUACAGGAAAAGGAAGAGGAAAUGGAGGAAGAAGACAGGGGAAAGGUGGAGGAGGAAGUGGAGGAAGAGGAAGAAUAUAAAGAAAAGGAGGAGGAAGAGGAAGGGGGUCAAGAGGAGGAAGGGGAGGGAGAGGGUGAAGAACAGGAAAAGAAGGAGAAGGCGGCAGUGGAGGAUGAAGAUUUACCACCACCAUAAGACAAAAGUGUAAUACAAAAAAUAAAUAAAUAAAUAAAAGCAAAAAAUAAAACACUGAGCUUUAAUAAAAAAGAAU